CUGAAGGAAAUUUUAUAAAGAGGCGUUCGUUCUGGCACCGCAUAUUAAAAUAUCUGAGGAAUUCAGUGAUUUUCAGUAUUUUUUUCGAAAAAAUGCAAGAAACAGGUGCUACGAACCAUGAAUUUGAUUAUGAAUCCUUGGUACAACGGUUGCUGCUACUGCUCAAGAAUGUUGAGGAGAGCGAUGAUAACAAGCAAGCUUACGUCAAAUUAAUCAAUCAAGAUUACGAUGAGUACAUGAAACUAUGGAAGGAGCUUCAAGAAAAAAUAAACAAGCGACUUGAAGUGAAACUAGAUUUGAAGAAAAAUUUAGAUCAAGUAAAUGCGAUGGUUUUAAUGAACCAGGACAUAAAUCAGAAGUUACAGGAGGAACUAGCCAAAAAUGAUGGGUUCAGGGAUGAAAUGAAAACAUAUGCAAAGAAUUUGAAAUCUAAGAAAGUUGAGAUGGACGAAGAACUUGACGACCUAAAACUACGUUAUGAAGGCGUCAUGCUUCAAAAAAUGAUCGAAGAUGAAGAAAAAGAGCUGGAGAUGUUUUGUCAAACCCAUAAACGUUUGGAACAAACGCUUGAAAAGCAACUCACGGGACUCUCGAAAUUCCCAUCCAUACUCCCGUUAUCUCAAUUGGCAGAUGAACUGCGAUUGAAACCGGAGGAAAACAUUAAGGAUUUGAACGGAAAGAUCGCAAGCACCGAGGGUGAAAUCCAAAGUAUUAUUAGAGAACUUGAUAAAAAGGUAGCGAUGUUGCAGGAUUUUCAGUAGUAAAACUGCUACUCGCGACUAUGUUUAAUUGCUUAUAUUUGAUUUUAGUCGUGUGGUAUAACCGACUUUGAUGUGUAUCGUUGUAUUAAUUCCUAAAUACGAUCAUUUGUUGUACAUGUUAUUGUUCUAAGAUCAAAUAUUGUCCUAUUAUGGUGUCACGAAUUAAAAUAUCAC